ACCUGUCAAAAAUGAAAAAUGUCAAAAAAAACUCGAACCGGUAUAAGCAAAAAACCGACGAAAUAAUACAAUUAAGCGCUAAUUGAGUGCAUUGUGCUCUCAGUUACAUCAAAUUAGCCACAAUUAGCUCAAUCCCCGCUUUAAUCACCGUAAUUGAGUGAUUAAUGCGCAAAUCCAGUCAAGUGUCCGGUGUGCGGAAAAGUGAGGUUAUGUGCGCACAAUCUGGCUUACGUAACCCAAGGAAACUCGGUCAUUUUAUCUAAAUAUCGGCACGGCCGUCGACGAAUGUGCUCAAAUGUGAUGAUCAAACACACAGUAGGUGCACUACGCAAUUCGUUCCGAUUUUCAGCGCACGCUUUAAGCAGGAAACUCGUCCAUAAUUCACCAGUCGCGAGGAUGGCGGACAAGGUGGACAAGGCCGAGCUGAGGAACCGGCUCACCCCGAUCCAGUACAACGUGACGCAGGAGAAGGGCACCGAGCGCCCCUUCACAGGGUGCUACAACAAGUUCUACGAGCCGGGUACUUACGUGUGCAUCGUCUGCGAACAGGCAUUGUUCAGCUCGGAGACCAAGUACGACAGCGGCUGCGGCUGGCCGGCCUUCAACGACGUCUUGGACAAGGGGAAAGUCAAGCUGACGCCGGACACGAGCGGAGGUAUUUGACAAUGAGUGGACGGUUUGUUGUGGAAAAGGCAACGGCUUCCACUGCACCACGAUAACCCGUGACCCGGGGGUUCGUUAAUUUUUAUCAGGAGUGUUUAGACAGAUGUGGAGUCGGAGUCGGGGCUUGUUUUCCAUGCUAGGUUUUAGUUGGUCUUAUCACGUUUGCGCUUCCUUGUUGCACCACUUCCUAACAGAAACGAGCGAGGUUCCAAGUUGCAUCGCGGCGAAAGCGUGCGGUUGUUGGUCGGUCUGAAAGCUAAAUUUAGAGCUGGUGAGAAGCGCGACUUGCAUUUAUUUUGUUAAAUUGACGCCUUGACGCGUGCACUCUAAAGCUGACCACGACUGGUUUUCGUGAAUUAGGGCUAUUGUGUUUUUAUUGGCGUUGUUGCGUCACUCCAACGUGUAGAGGAUUGUUGCUGGGAAUUGGUUUGAUAUGCUUGAUUGAGGCGGAAUGUGGGAUUGCUGAUACAUGGAAUUUAAAAAACACACAUAAUUGUGUUGAGAUUGCUGAUGAGUUGUUUUAUAUCAACAAAUGUCGACAAUAAACUGUUUUUUGUAGACGCGGAGAAGUACUGUAAACAAUUUAUUUUGUUGUUGGAUAGCCGGAAGUUGACGUUUACUUUGAUUGUAAAAGUUUAGAGUGAUGGUUUUAAUCAGAGCCCACAUUGGCGUAAUUUCAUCAUUAGUUUCUGUAAUAAACUGUAAUAACAA